AAUGGUCAAAUUGCCAAAUAUAGCAAUGUAUGAAAUUUGUGGCUACUUUUUUCUCGUAUAAAUUGUGGCAACAAGAACAAGAAUUUACAGAAAUGUCGGUUGACCAAUCUGUCAGUUAUUUCAACACAACCAAAACCAUCAAAACGACGACGGAACCAUCGUUCACGUCCGGUGAAGAUGUAGCAAUUUGCGAAGCUUUCUUGUCCGCUCUUGAAGAUUUACGGGAUGGAAACUUGCAAUCGCAAUCUAAUCUCUGCAAUGCCAUCUUCGAAAAGUUUGUCCAAAGCACGAAGAAUAAAUCGCGAUCACAAGACUCUGUUCAGACUCGGUGGGAGAAAAUCAUGACGCGUUGUUUCAAAUUUCAUGCGUAUUUCACGCGAAUCAAACAUGAGUGUCAGAAGGGACUAACGGAGUCUCAAAUGGCUCAUCAAGCAAAAUUUUUGUAUGUGGAGUAUGAAAGACAUCCGUUCGACAUGGAUCAUUGCUGGGAAAUCUUGCAGCAUAGAAUAAGGUGGGAAGAUAUGGCUGACACCAAAAGGCCAAACACGCCUACAAAGGCGACCGAUUCCGGCUCCCAAUUCUCGGGAGACUCUCAACUUGUCGAUGCCCCCUCCCCUUCGCAAGAAUCCGAGCAAAAAACUUGUCGAGGAUGCAGUCACCCUCCAGACGACGAAAGGUCGGGUGGAAGGGAAGCCGAAAAGGAACGGCCACGAGGAAAAGCCAAGGCGGUAGACGUUGAGACCUCCCAUAUCGACGAUUUCAUCGAUCAACUUAACAAGCAAGCAAGGAAGGCUGAAGCGAGGAAGGAUCAACUAGAGGAAAAAAGACUACGGCUGGCGAAGAAGAUGCAGGAAAUCGAGGACAAACAGGUAGCCGCUAAGCAACAAGAGAGGGACGACGCAAUUAUGUUCAUGGACACGUCUAAAAUGGACCCUCAAGCACAGCUUUACUGGGCGAUGCGCAAGGAUGAGAUCAUCUCGAAAGCGUUUAACCGUUUGAACAUCUCGGGUUGAUUAUCUGACCUCAAUCGCUGCGAUUUCGCUAUUGGGGAGUGAACGUCUCAGUUGGAUAGGUUCCUUUGGCCUCAAUUUUAUGCGACUGUUAUUGCAAACUAUUUCAUUUAAUUGUAACUACGAUUUACGAUAUAUUUUACGAAUUUCCGGCUUAAUGAUGUUCAUGGCGGCCGAUAUAAUGUUGGUUGUUUAACUAGUAGUAAUUAAAAUUUGGUUGGUGGUUGGAACAUGGAAGGAUGGUAGAGGGAUAUGUUUUGCCAAGCCGAAAGAAGGCUGACCCUUGGGAACACCAUUCCUGAAUUUUGUUAUUCUCUCUUAUGUGUAUUCCUUUCAAUGUUGAUUUCAUCUUUGUUUUUAGGUGUUUCCGGAUGAAUUUAUUGAUUCUGUGUGAAUUUUUACGGAUUUCUGAUGCUUUUGUC